UCUAAAUCCCACUGUUUGUUGUCCCUCCAGCGAGCCUUGCAGCAGCGCUCCCUGUGGUGGUGUUCGUGCACGGGGAGUCGUACCAGUGGGGGUCGUCCAGUCUGUACGACGGCUCGGUGCUAGCGGCGCUCGGCAAGGUUGUCGUCGUCACCAUCAACUAUCGCCUCGGCAUACUGGGAUUCUUCAACCCCAAUGUGGACCCUGUCGGACGUGCCACGGUGGCCAACUACGGGCUCAUGGACCAGUUGGCGGCCCUACACUGGGUACAAGAGAACAUUGUGCGCUUCGGUGGAGACCCUGGCCACGUGACGGUGAUGGGGCACGGCACGGGGGCGGCGUGCCUCAACUUCCUGGUCAUUUCCCCUGCCGCGGCAGGCGCGGGGCUCUUCAAGAGAGCCAUCCUCAUGUCCGGCUCGGCCCUGAGUCCCUGGGCGUCUGUACAGGAGCCGGUUUACUACGCCGUGCAGGCCGCCCGCCAGCUUGGAUGCAGUGUACCUGAGGACCUGUACCGCCACUACGAGGCGCUGCUGCACUGCCUCAGGGACAAACCCUUCGAGCAGAUCCUUCAGGUGGAGCUGGAGACGCCGCAGUUCCUGUCGUCCAUCGGGCCCAGCAUCGACGGGGUGACCAUCAGGCACGACUGGAAGCAGCAGCACGCCAAGAUGGGUCAGGAGGGCCGCACACCCGUCGAUCUCCUGAUGGGGGUCACGGCCACGGACGUCCUGGAAGUGUUCAGCGACGCGGAGAUCAAGCACGGGUUUGAGGCCGACCAUCGAGACCGUCUGUUGAGGACCUUCGUCACCAACAACUACCGAUACCACCUCCAGGAGAUCGUUCUGGCCAUCACCGCCGAGUACACAGACUGGGCUCGCCCCGUCCAACACCCCGUCAACAUCAGGGACCUCACUGCCGAAGCUCUCCACGACGCCUCCUUCGUGUCCCCUGUCACUGUCUCCGCCAACCAGCUGCACAACCCCUCCAGAGCCUCCUUCUUCUACGUCCUUGACUACCGUCCCGCCAAGCCUGACCCCGUUAGGGGACCCAUCUUGCCUCUGAACGAGCUUGUGUACGUGUUCGGGGCACCCCUGGGAACUCUGGGACCUCUCUCCGCUGGCCUAAACUUCACGACUACGGAAGUGACGCUGAGUGAGGCCGUGAUCACCAUGUGGACCAACUUCAUCAAGACCGGAAAUCCGAACGAGAGCGGCGCCGGAGACCCGUACGCCCGGGAAAGGGAAAGACAGAGGUACCGCACCCAGAACUGGACUGAUUACGACCCAGUCCACAAAAGGUAUCUCGAUCUAGGUACUCGCGGCCGCGUUCGUGACCACUACCGAGCUGCCCGCGUGGCCCUUUGGUCCUGGCUGGUGCCGGGCCUCGAGCAGGUGGGGUCCCGCUAUGGACCAGACUCGCCAUUCCAUCGUCUGCCAAACUAUCUCCAACCAGACACUUUUUCGGGGCCCACGCGACCCACCAACCUGUCCAGCAACUUCUUGCCGCCGCCCACUACCCAAGCCCCGACCACGUCCGAGGCCUCCACCUCAACCCACACCACGCUGCUGCCCACCGAGCGAGUCAUCGUCAACAUCAGCAGCGUGACCGGUCCCCUCGAGGAUCACAACUUGAAGGCCAACACUCAAGGGGGCUUCCCGUACACUACAGCGCUCAGCCUCACCGUUGCUAUCGGCUGCUCACUCCUAAUCCUCAACUUGCUAGUGUUCGCGGCCGUGUACUACCGCCGGGACAGCUCACGUCAACCUUUUAGCAAGGCAACUCACGACGGCAGCAGUGACAGUGGCAACGAGGUGCAGCUCCACCCGACCUGCGACCCCUGCAAGCCCAUUUCACCCUCGCAUUACGGAACGCUGCGCUCCUCGGCCACUCUCCGUAGCAGUCUGGCCACCUCCUUCGAAGGGGACGCGCAACACGAGUGGCCUCCAGACUACACUACCAGUUGCCAGAGUGGCGAGGACACAAACCUCUGCGCGCCCAGUAGCCAAUGCUUGAUGUCCGCCUCUGGGCAACCCCACAACGGCACUGCAGCCAGACGCAGCGGACAAAGACAAAAUCUGUCCAAUUACAACCCGCAUGUCGAUACUCAACUCUCGCCCUCCUACAGCCACGACGACACCCCCGACCUGCACGUCUGAAUCUGUGUCUGGCCCGGCGAGCAGCAUGUGGAGCGUUCUCGUGACUGCUGGCGCCGAACGUAUCAGUGUUUAUGUUUACUGUUGAUUGUGAUGGGCUGAUGUUAUCCAGUAACUGAGUGAAGUAUUUCAUAGACAGGGACCUAAGAGUGUUGGCUGACCUCAGAUGUGAGUGGCUACGGUCUUCAUAAUAAUGUUACCUAGUGAAAUGGUUCUGUGACAGUUCUAAAUUAUUGUUAUUAUUUGGCGCAACAGUUAUCAGUAGUGUAGCGAGACAAUACACACGAACCAGAGGAACUAGGAAUUUCAUCCUGUUCAUCUGAGUGAUUCCGAUCGCCUCUCGUGUCUGCUCAGACAGUAUCAGACUUAUCCUUGUGUACACGACCCAAACUGGAAAAACUCGGUUCAGAAAUAGAAUUAUUUGAUAUAAAACUUGCAAUACGUAGUUUGUAAAGCAGGAAGAUGAAAUUCGUCGAAAAAUAUUUAGGAAAUAUUAUAAUGUUUACAUAGUGAUAAUUCCCGUGGAAUAUAUUUAGAUAAACAUGUGAAUAAGAAUUAUGAUCAGUCCAACACGUUACAAAAAGCCAAGGUUAUGACUUGCGGUGGAACAAUCUGUGCUUACUUUUUCGAUUUAAAGGCAUCCUGUUACUCAAGUAAACUUUGGGCAAAUUAAACUCUUUAGGGAAAUACAAUAUCACUUCUAAUCGGUAAUUACAGCGUGUUGAGUUACUGGUAUUACUGAUAUCUGAACGUGAAAACAAAGUCUUUCGCAAUAAAAUCAAUCAAAUCUAAGGAAAAAUGCCGGCUCUUUGGAUCAUUCCGGGUUCAAGUCAUUCCUCGCCCAGCUCGUCUGCUUCGUGGCAACAAUUUUGUCUCCACUCCCAUCGGGAAAUCUGUUUUCCUACCGGACCACAAAGUGAACCUGGACCUACAUGUUUAUGUUUUUAUGUUGUGUAAAUGUUCGGAAUACUAUAAUAUAUCUACAUAUAAAUUUUUGUGUCCACCAUCACUUCAGCAAGGCCUGGAUACUUCUUAAUGAAAAGGUUUCUGGUGAAGUGCAGACGCGUGCGUGUGUGUGUGUGUUUACUUUGCCAGUCGAGUCAAGCUUUAGGAUCACUAGCUCGCUGUAGUGGAGGGCUGCACAUCCUUCUGCCGCAGUGUCCUGUAGGUGUGAUGGAGCUUAGAGACAAAGUGGUGUGCGAGUGUAUGUGUAUUUGGACCUUAGUGUUAUUAUUUUUGUUAGAGAACCUCGCCCCUCAGAGCCACCCUCUCUACACACAAACCCCAUCUUGUACAAUAUGUCCUUCCUCCUUUCUUUCGUCUUUCCUUACUCCUUCCCUUCCUUUCUCACAUUCUUCUUCCAUCUCUUCCUCCACCUCCUCUUUCCUCAACUCCCUUUCUUAUUUAUCUCUUCUUUCAUUCUUCCCUAACACUUUUCUUUCUUCCAUUCGUCCUUCCUUUCUUCAUUCCUUCCUCCUAGCAACCCAUCCCGCGUCUUCAACAAGAGGAGCCUCUCGUCAGGCCCCCAUAGGAUGAGAGUGACGCAGAACUGAGGGAUGAAGCUCAAUAAUAAUUCUACAUGAAGAAAAUAUAAAUGCUUCCCAACAUCUCCACCUCCUCCGUUUUGGUCUCGGCUGAAGCAUCACAUGGGGUUCUUUGAGGCAGUGUCGAGCGAUGUGUUAUGGAUUACGUCCCACUUUUUGGUGCUCCUCGCCCCCAUCACUUCCUAAUUCCUCUUUACUCCCCUCAUCGCCCUUAUCGUGACCUUUGUUUCCGAGACAUCACAGUUUAUCUACCUCCUCAUUACCCACAUAUUCCCCUGCAAAUUAGAACACUCCUUCCUCUCAUUACGUUACUAUUCAACCAAAAUACACCAUGAACUACAUCCCUUUUGCUAUUUAUCUCAUCUCUCACCACAGUCAUACCCCCCCCCCCCCCACAUACACACGUAAUCCAUUAUAAAGCAGAGAGCUAUCCUGCCUCUCCUUGCUCUCGUCUUUCCUACCAAAAACAACCGUUCCACUAAAAGAUUUAACAUGCUCGCAACAGAACCAUAACCAUCCCACACAACCUACCUCUUCUGUCUCCUCUUCAUACGUGUUAUCUACAACCUGGUCUUACACGCCUUCCCUCAACCUGGUCUCAAACGCCUUCCCUCUCCAAUCCGCAUUCGCCCUCUCCCCCUUUACACUGUCUUUCUUUCAGCCCUCCAAGUCCCCCUUCCACACUCGCUCGCCUGAAGUCACUCGCCCCAUCUGAGAGCUACGGAGACCACUCGUCUGUACAGCUUUUUGUGCACCUCGAGGAACUGGAGUGACGGUGCUUUUCUAAUUGUAAGAGUAAUUAUUUUAUACAAGUGUCGAUAAUAAUAAAUGAAUGUUUAUA